AUGCUUAUUUAUCCUUUCUCUUCAGUUCCAGUCGAGGACAAAACAUUUAAAUAUCAGACCUCCGUCUUUUCUUUUUUCUUUUCUGAGGAAAUUUCUAUUUCUUUUCCUCCUGACUCCUCCCCUUUUUUUUUAUUUUUCCUCCUCCUCCUUCCUUUUCUUCUUCUUUUUAUUCUUAUCCUCUUCUUCUUCUUGUUUUUUACGAAAAAAAUAUUCUUCUUCACCUCCAUUUCUUCUUCUUCUUCUUUUCCUCCUCCUUCUUCUUCUCCUUCUUCUUUCCUCUUGACCUCUUCCUUCUUCUUCUUCUUUUCUUCUUCUUCUUCUUCUUUUCUUCUUAUUUUUUUUUUCUUCUUCUUCUUCUUCUUUUCUUUUUUCUUCUUUUCUUCUUUUAUUUCCAUUUCUUUCCUUUCUUUCUUUUUCUUCUUUCCUUCUUUUUUUCUUCUUCUUCUUUUUCACUUCUUCUUCUUUUUUCUUCUAAAAGAAUUCUUCUUCUUCUUCUUCUUAUUUUCUGUUCUUCUUUUCUUUCUUUCUUUUUCUUGUUUAAAUUCUUCUUCUUUUUCUUCUUCUUCUUCUUCUUCUUUCCUUUCUUUCUAUUAA